GCAAAAAAUAAUGUGUGCGAUCAAGCAUGCAACUAUUAUGCAUGCGAUUACGAUGGAGGCGAUUGCAGUGCAGGAACGAAGCCUUUCGAGAAAUGCGAAUCCCCCAGCUACUGCGCUCAUGUUUUCCGAGAUGGCAAAUGCGACCCGGCGAAAAAUAAUGUGUGCGAUCAAGCGUGCAACUAUUAUGCAUGCGAUUACGAUGGAGGCGACUGCAGCGCAGGAACGAAGCCUUUUGAGAAAUGCGAAUCUCCCAGCUACUGCGCUCAUGUUUUCCGGGAUGGCAAAUGCGACCCGUAUCCCAAUUAUAAUUAUCUUAAAGUGUUUUCAUUUUACACUUUUUACGAUGUUUUUUUUCUCGCUCUGUUAAUGGGACGCUUCAUACAGAUUUGUAACAAUCAAGAAUGCCUGUUUGAUGGCUUCGAUUGCGAUAGCGCCCAAGAACAGUGCCAGAAAAGUGAUUACUGCACCGGGCAUUACGGCAACGAAAACUGCGAUCCGGAAUGUAAUGUGAUCGGUUGUGGCUGGGAUGGUGGUGAUUGCGAUUCCGCUGAUACCCAUUCAUCGUUAGCGGGAAAUAUAAUCGUGAUACUGCUAAUCAGUCCGGAGGAAUUUGUGCGUAACGCACAAACAUUUCUUUUUACGCUGAGUCAGAAACUGCGCGGUUCAGUGCGAAUCCGAACAAUGAAUGGCAAACCAAUGAUUUAUUCCUGGAGUUCGGAGAAAGGUGUCGGG